CCUUAAAAUGAUAGUGAUAAAUGAUUUCGGGUUGGCCGCUGGCUGCUUUGCGCGCUUACAUAAUGGAAAUGAAGGGAGAGGGAUGGACUUUGCUCGACGUUUGGAGCAUGCUUCAUUUAUUUCACGUGCUCGGCAGCACGGCGCAUGUGGCGCCCCUUCAUGCUGUAACAUUAGGCAUCGAUAUUAUUAUAUUAGAGUAGAGCGAACCUGAUGCACUGAACUUGAAUGGAAAAAGUAAGUUUAGUAUUGAAUUGGAUUAUAAAUCAUCUUUUUAGUAGUCCAGGCGAAAAAAUAACACUUGAAAUCUUGCGAGUGACUAAAAACACGUGAGUGUAAAUCUUAUAAAUAGUUUAAACUGGAAAUCUUGAUUUUAAGGUAAUUUAAAUUUACGGAACAUCCAUUUUUAUGGUAGUUAUAAGCUUUUUUCAUAAUGAGUCAUCUACUAAGCUUAAGACUUACAAAUAAAACACAAAAAAGUUAUUCAACGCAUUUAGGGGCCUAGACUACUGAACCAAUUUAGGUACGUUACUGUCUACCCACCAGCCUACCCCUCUACUCUGUGCCGCCGUACGGGGCACCCCUCAGUGUCCGGCGCGGCACCCCGACGGCCGCACGCACCCGCGACAUGUGCCACUUGUACCAGUGCUGUGUUGUGUACCCUUUGUUAGGGAAGUUUCAAAGUGUGGAUCGCCUGUUUUGUUAAAUAGGAUUCUAAUGAUGCCAUGAGCCACAUCGCCCAAACCCCGCCUUAAACAUGGCCACAAACAACCUCCCAUGUAAAACCAAGCAAUGGACGACAAAGUUAACAAUGCGGCUGUGCUCAGUGAAUUUACUAGCGGCCACCAUACUAGCGUGCUUACCUUACAUCUCCACUUUAACUUUGCCGAGCGGGGACCCGGCUCCAGGCCGCUCACCCGGGCCACCCGAAUCUGAACUUUACGUUACUUUAGAUACAAUUGAAAAUGUAACCGAUGUGACCACAGAAAUGAAUGAGGUGGAAGACGCAUGUGCCUUUGCGAGGAGUGAAAGAGAGGUAGUGACGUUGAGUGAGACGGAUAGUGAAGUGAAUUUGACAGUUGUUCAUGCGGUGUUCGAAACGGAGCAGCUUGUGAGGGGCGUCGUUUAUGAAGUCCACCUCCGUUUCGACGCUACUCUCCGCGACUACGCUCUCUACUCAAUCGUGGGCCCCUUCGUCCGCGGCAACUUCACCCCUACCUCCCCCCUCGAACGCUCUUGCCCCGACGACGCCCCCCACUUCGUACCCAAGCACAAGCAUAAACGCCGUUUCAAUUCGAAAUUCGAACGCGAAACAAGGGACAGUCGAUUUGAAGCAAGUGAAUUCGAAAGUGAUAAGUGGUCGAGUGUGUAUUUUAGACCGCGGGUAGUGAAAAGUGUGAGGUAUAGGAGGAGGUUUGUGCCGGCUAGGGUAGUGAGUGGGCCGUUGGGGGAGAGGGGGGAGGUGCUGUUGAUGUGGAGUGUUAGUGAAGCGGAGCGGUUGGGGGAGGAUGCUAGUGUUGUUUUUAGGUUACGCUAUAGGAGAAUAACGAGUGCCACCAUAUACCAAGUGUUCUUUACUAAAUAUUUAAGACUAGAUUGCGCGUUACAAAUAAAAGGGCCGCGCGGGCGCGUCCACUCCGGGCAGCUCCCGCGCACGCACGGCUGCCGGCUCCUCCCGCCGCCCCCCACCCCCGGCCACGCCCUCCUCCUGGAGCUGCACAAGCUCAACGUCCCCUGCGCCGCCGGCUUCAUCCGCUUCGCACCCAACACACCACCCUUGUGUGGAAAGCUCGAACAAAUACCCACCCCAAACAGAAAAUUCAUAUACCACGACUCCAAGAACUCUGUUGACCUCCACGGCCGACCUACGUUCGCCGUCGCCUACCGUCUAGUCGACCAUUGCCACGAUGUGUUGCUGACGGAGAGAAACGGCUCGUUCGAAGUCGGACCAACAAUCAAACUCUUCUGCUCCUAUAAAAUACAUCUUCCGUACGGCAAUAAAGUCGCGUUACGCUUACAAAUGGGCACGGGACCAAUCGCGGCUAAUAAACAUGACUUGUCUAAUAUAAUCCAAGAGGAUUAUCAAGAGUUCUGCAAAGGGAUGGAGCUGAAUUUAGAAAACGGGGAUUCAAGAUGGAAGCAUUGUUCGCAGCCUAAUGAUCCGCUGCGCUCAGUUCAAAUCAUUUCUGAAGGAAACACAGUUCGACUUAACAUCUCAAUAUUGGCUAAGAGAAAUUCCUCAGCUAUGUGGUUGAAAGUGUGGUGGAUGGAUAAAGGUAUAGAGGAAGUGAUGGGGCACUGCGAGUACGGAUGGGUGGUGUCGGACGACUUCUGUGUGACGGCGGUGCGGGAGGCAAAGCGGGCGUGGAGGCAGGCCGAGGCGGAGUGUGUGCGGCUGGGCGGCCAUCUGGCUAGCGUGCUGAAUGAGAGGCAACAGCAUAUUUUGGACCAACUCCUUCUAAAUGCGCCCGGCGCGGGAGUGGACGACGUGUACUGGAUAGGAGCUACUGACGCGGUCCAUGAGGGCGAGUUCCGGUGGUCGGACGGCCUGCCCUUCUCUUACUCACACUGGUUCCCGGGCUGGCGCAAGCACAGCAGCCAGCCUAAUGACGACGGCACCUCCGGCCAGGACUGCGUGGAGGCGCGCCCCUCCCUGCCCCCUCGCCCGCCCCCGUUGGCCCCCACCUUCAAGUGGAACGACCGCGGAUGCAGAGAGCAUAAUUACUUCGUGUGCGAGCGGCCACACAAUACAGACCCUUACAUCGCAACCACCAUCCAAUGCAACGAGACGAUCUUCCUCUCGCACCUCCGGCCGCACGCCACCGUUUCGUCCCCCGGCUUCCCCCGCCCCUACCCCGACGACGUGGAGUGCAUCAGUGAGCUGCGCGCCCCGCCGGCGCAUUCGCUGGUUAUUCAUUUUGAGGAGCUGCUGACAGAACAUGAACCACAUUGCACUUACGACUUCCUGGAGAUCACAGAGAUAGGAGAGAACGCUACAGAUGAAGACUGGCUGCAUGACCACCACGGCUUGUCAGCUGACAACGAGGUAUGGGAAGAAUCCGAGACCCUCCUCCCCGAAUCAGACGCCAUAAGCGCAGGCUGGUUGCGUGACGGCGUUUUCCCCUCGCGGCGUCUGUGCGGUGAUUGGACAGCCAAACUCAAGCUACUCCGCUACCGGUCGCGCGGGAACGCCCUGCGCAUACGCUUCCGUGCUGAUCACGAGCGCCAUCUAGCGGGGUUUAAGGCCAAGGUUGCUGUCGCUGACUCUCAAUCGUGCACGGACGUGAAGCAAGCAUUGUUCGACGGCUACUGUUAUCUCUUCUCCGGCUACCCGCGGGCCUCGUGGGCGACCGCCAAACAAGUAUGCGAAGGCCUGAACAUGCGGCUGUCAUCCGUCCACUCGGCCGAGGAGGAACGCUUCAUCGUCUCGGGGAUUCGGCAAAGCAGCGACUACAGUGCCGGAACGGUGUACUGGUUAGGCGCAAGAUCAGAAGAUGGUCGGUGGGAAAACUUCACCUGGAGCGAUGGAAGCGCUGUCGGGUACAGAGGAUGGCAACAGUAUAACGAAUCAGAGGAGAGAGAUGCAUGUUUGGGAGUUCAAUGGAAGUCAUCUCCAGUCCCAUCGCAGCCCAGCGGCCUUUUCUGGACUUUACACAAGUGCUCGGCCACGGGCGGCUACGUGUGCAAACGAAGACUCUCUGAGGUCAUCGUCAAAAACAGGACUGUUGAAGGGUCGUCAGGCACACUAACAAGUCCCGAGCACCCAAACCUGUACGACAAUGACCUGGACUAUUGGGUGCACGUCGUCGGGCCUCCUGAUACCAGGCUCGUAUUCGUCUUCCAGCAUAUCGAUCUGGAGUUCCAGAAGGACUGUCUCUACGACUAUGUCGAGCUCCGGGAUGCACUCAACAUGAAGUCGUCGCGAUACUGCGGAACCGUCGGAGAGACGAGAUGGGUCGCUUCCAGCAACAAGGCUGUGCUGCACUUCCACUCAGAUUACAACACUCAAGCAUCGGGGUUUUCCCUAACCUGGAAGGCGGUAGAGCUGCUGGGGUGCCCAUCGCAAACCUUCACUUCCAAAGAGGGCGUGUUGCGGAGCCCACACUUUCCUUAUUUUUUACUGCCUGACUUAGACUGCACCGUUGACAUCUUAGCUCCUGCAGGCAAACGCGUCUUCCUAAAUAUCACCUACUUCAACUUCGGCUACGGAACGUUUGAGAAGGGCCUCCCGUCCAACCUCACAGACACCACAGACAUCCCUGACUCCUUCCUCGAAGUCCAAGUGGACCUGCAGGACCAGCCCAUCAGACCGUUCCUCAACCCUGACGUGUUCACAAGUGGCCUGUUCGUGUCGACGGCGGAGAUGAUGCGAGUGAGGUUCAAGACCGGGAGGAAUGUUAGUGGGAAGGGGUUUCAGGCUUAUUUUAAAACUGUUGGCACAGUAAACGUAACACACACCUUAGAGCUCCUCCACGUCCGCUCAGGCCGACUGUCGGCACCCAACUGGCCUCGCGCGCCGCCGCCGCGCUUCACUCUGCGGACGCGACUUAUCGCGCCCCAUGAUCAUACGUUAUCUGUGGCCUUUGCCAAGACGAUGCUCGCUAGUGGCGAGGAACCUUGGCCUUGUGGGGAAGGGAGAGGAUGGAUAGAGGUGAAAGACAGCUACACAGACAACAACGGCACACAGUGGACGCUCUGCGAAGCGGACCGAGCGAAGCGAAGAACUGAAACCCCACUCGUGAUUAACAGCUACUUGCACUCGCUGACAGUGACCCAAUGUGCGGGGGAAAAUGGCGUCCAUAUGGAUGUUGCGUUGCUGGUUAAUAAAGAUCCAGACUACCACAGUAAAAUUCUACUGCUUUCCGAAGGCGAAGAUACGAACAUUGAAUCCUGCUACCCAAACCCUUGCCUGAACGACGGGUUCUGCGCUACUGAUGAUACGAAAAACUUUUGUCAGUGCGCUGGGUACUAUACAGGCAUGUUCUGCCUCCUGAACGCCUGCGAGCGCUCGCCCUGCGUGUUCGGCAACUGCACACUAUCAGAGGAUUCGUUCCUGUGCGCGUGCGCGCGCGGCUGGCGCGGGCGGCGCUGCGCCGAGCGCGUGCGGCCGUGCGCCGCGCGGCCCUGCAACAACCGCGGCGCCUGCAGCGAGCGGGACGGGGCCUUCAUGUGCCAGUGCAAUCCGUCGUGGAAGGGAAAGAGAUGCGAAAUCCCAAACCCGACUCCAAAAAUCGUGAGCCUCGGUGCCCGUAUGAUGCAAGAGCCGUUCUGGCUCGGUCUGAUCGCCGUCUUCGUGGUCCUCGGAGUCAUCGGCCUGGUGUGGUGCGCCAAGCGACACUUCCCUGAGAAGAUUGAGAAGUUGUUAGCCGAGGAGGCCGAUCGAUGCGCGAGACGUAAACUGUCGUCGGUGCACCGUCAGUGGUCGCCCUCCGACACGGCUGCCGUUGUUCCAGCGCGGCCGGAGCCCCGGACGCUGCUGACCCGGCUCGGCAUCCGGAAGCCGUCCGUGUCCGCGCCGCACCAGCGCGUCCGCGCCGCGAGGACGUUUAGCUUGGACGAUCUGUUAAAGCCGCCGCCAGGACCGUCUCCCUCGCCGCGCAAGAAACGAAAUAAUUCAACACCAACGAAGAAAAAUGCAGCAGAAAAGAAGCAGAUACUUCAGCAGCUCAUAAGUCCAGCUACGGCUAACGAGCACUCCAAGAAAAUUAGCAUGGGAGAGCUAAUACAAAUGUCAGAGAAAAGGACUUUAAGUACUGUUGAGAGCGCGCCAGCAUUUAUGGAGUUUAGUGAAAAUAAAGAGACCUCAUUCGCUAGUGAGGCUUCAAGCCCAUCAACAUCGCCAUCGACUAGACACAUAUCAGAUCCGAAGUUAGAAAAGAAAGUAACGUUUGCCCGACUCCUUAACAGAGUAUCAGCAGAAAUGAGCUCAAGCUCCGACGCGGAUAUGAUGAACACGAUAGCAAUUCCGAUGGCGGUGAUAGCGGAUAGGGGGGUGAGGGCAAAGGCAUCAAGUACGCCGCCAUCACCGGGGGUGGAAGUGCGUUCACCGCACAGCACGUCGAGCAACCAGGGGAGUGAUUCUAUGUCAAGUUUGGAUUUAACGCUAGCGCAUGCUGCUUUGAAAAAGUAUUCCAGAACCCCAAAAAUCUCAAGUGCCGAUUCCAUCCUCGCGAUGUUCCGCAACUUCUCCACCUCGGCCGCCAUCAUCUCCCGCGCGUCGUCCGGCGGGAUCUCGGCGUCGAGCACGCCGACGGCGUCGUCGCCUCAGGACGACACCGUGGACGCCGACGACGUGUCGCUCGCGUCGUCGCUCGUGCCCUCGCUUGCGCCGGACUCGCCGAUCGCGAGGCCGCAUAAUACUAUUGAGAUACAGGUACUAGACCCGCUAAGCGCCCACAAGUCCUCAGGCUCCGGCAGCAACCUCCUCCACCCGCCCUCCAUCCUCCUAGAAGUCCCUUCGACCAUCAACAAAUGCCUCUCGCCUAUCCGCGAACUGCCAACACCUUUACCUACUCCGCUGCCUACGCCUUUGCCUACUCCGCUACCGUCUCCUCGGAUGCCCAAGAAAAUGGAGUUGGAUAAGAAUGAGAUCAGGUGUAUGUCGCCAAGUGAGGAUGAAGAUGAGAUUCGACUGGAGAAGCCGGAGAGGCCGACGUCUGGGUUGAGAUUGAAGCUCCGCCAACCAGCGUUCAGCUGCGACACCCCCACACCCUCCACCCACGUGACAGACUCACCCAGCCCUAGCUUCACCCACAGCCAAGACUCAGAACGAGAAAUGUCCUCCCCAUCCCCUGCACCACCGUCCCUCCGAGUCCCAGUCCUCACCAUCGAACGACCAUCCCCAGGCUCCCCACCUCCCAGGAGAACACCGCCCCAUCUAGAGUUCCAACCUCCUCCUUUGAUAACAGUCACUUACAACGCCAGCGAGGAAUCCGACGAACCUUUAUCACCAAGACCACCACCACCAACUAUGAACAUGUGUUACCUCAGCCCAUUCUCAAUGUCUGCAAGAGGAGAACGAGCUCCAUCAGAAUCCAAUCUUUCCUCGUCUGGGUAUAGCUCCAUGGCUAGUCCAGGCCCAUCGAGAUGUGGCUCAAGUAAUCCGUUAUGCCCGUCUGAAAUGGAAGAUCCUGGCUCAGGUGGGGGACCGUCUUGUUUUCAAAGAAGGCGGCCGUUAAUGAAAACUAAUUCGAGUCCAGCGUCGUCGAAUGAUGACUCGAAAGAACGGAGACGAGGACGAUCUGACUCAGAGACGCUCUCAGACGAUCCAUUGCUAGAAUCUAAUGAUGAAGGCAUAGGGACAGAUGAAAGGGUAGACGAUGUACCGUCCAGCGCCAAAGAAAUGGAGACCCUAGUAGUUUUGAAAGAAUUAGAUGUGCCUCAAACAUUAUGCUCCCCAAGUGGCGUUACUAAAUGCUCCAUCGUCAAAUGUUUGAGCGUAGAAAGAGGGUUAGAUGAGAAAGCGAGUCUACGCCCACCAACUUUACUUACUGAUCUUACCAGACCUUUAAGUCCUGUAAGUUCUCGAAGCGAAUCACCCUUAAGCGACAAGGCAAGCUUAGGUCACUUUUCACCACUGUUCUACGGGAGACAAUUGCCUUUUACCGAUUCUGAUGGACUCUACGACUUCCCAAGUUCAGAGUGUGUGAAAGGGACAAGCUGUAAAGGAGGUACAAACACGCAGAAGAAGUCUGGGAGGAAACGAGAUAGAAGAACGACGAGGACGGUGUCGCAUGAAGCGACGGGAACGACCAAGUCAGCACUGCCACAUAUGCCGCAUUCCAUGCAUAAUCUUUUAGAGGUGCCAGGCUCCCGCGACGGAGCCCGAGGCCGAAAGUCCGGGCGCCGGCGCUCGCGCUCGCAGGCCCCGGCUCCUCCUUCAUCCUCGUCCUCUGAAGACUCGGUGUCCGCGGCCUCGGUGGCCUCUGUGGCCUCUGCGAGGGAAUUAAGGUUGCCACCUGAUUUGGAUAUGCAGGAUACGUCAUCCAAGAUCUCAUCAAGUCUCGAUUUAACGGAGGACUCCCGAAAACCUGUCAAAGUAAAUAAGCUAAGAACCAUCAGCAACCAAAUUAGAUUCCUUCGACGUUUGGAGCGAAGCUUGAAAAUGAAAGAAAGCUAUCCUGCGUUAUCAGAUGACGAAGGCGAUGAAUCUUCGAGCGUAACAUCACCCCUAUUACAAGGUAGGAAGGACCUAAAUCGGAUGCCGACACACGCGAUAUCAGCACCUCUAUUAGGCCCCGGGAGGCCUAAAAUCGCCCGACAGAGGCGAUAUGACCGAUCGUUAUUAAGUGAAGAUACUAGGAUACUAAGCACGGCAACAUGCCAUGAUAAUUCCGAUUGAAUAUGAACUCUGUGUUAUCGUGAAUAUAGUGCGUUUUACAUUAGCAAUAAAGGUGUAUUGCGGUGAAAGUUUGAAUACUUGCGUACUCGGUAAUGUCCAAAUUUUUGACAGUUGUCAGGUGACACUUGAGUAUACAAAAUUCUAAUCUAAUGUGAUAUAAUUAUAAUGUAAUGAUUCUUCAGGAGUGCUGACGAUUUUAACAAUUAGUACGUAAUAUAGAUAACCAUCGUGUUGAGGUUUAUUUUUCUUAAGUUCCACUUUUGAUGUCUUGAACUUAUACGUGAUUCUUACUGUAAAUAAUUGUCUUAUAGCAAUAACCUAUUGUAAUGGUGUGGUUCAUCCGCGUAGUUGAUACAGACAUUAAUACCAGCUUGUCCAGCUUGGUGUUUUUUUAUUCAUUAGUUAAGUUAGUCUUAGUCAUAAUUAGAUAAGGGUCAGUUUACUUUUUUACCUUGUUUUUCAUGUUCCGCUAAAUAUAAUUUCCUGUUCGUUAGAUAAUUGACUAUGUAAAAAUGCUUUUGUAAAUGUUAUACGUAUUGCUCAAAUGCAUAUUUUGUGAGAUCGUUUUUGCGCACUUUUUGCUGAUAUGUAUAUAAAUUUAAUAUAAGUACCUAUUGUAAAUAUGGGGAUUUUGAGAGAAAUGUAAAUACUUUGACACAUUUAGACGAAAGAAAAUACCAAAAUAACGGUAUACUAUGCACAAUUAAUAUACAAGCGUAAUCUCAAACGUAUAUUGUGUAUUACGGUAAGUAUAUUUAAGUAUAGCUACAUUUAGUACAUUUAACAGACGCACCAAUAGAAUAGAGAACGCAAUAAUGUCUAGUUACCUAAUAAAUGUUAUUUAAUAUUCGUUUGUUUAAGUUGGAACGACAUUUUCACAAAAGUAGUAUAGCCAUAAGUACCCAUGUAUGAGCCAUAUUUAUUGGAGCCACAGUAUGAAGCUAGCCUAGAUUCCUACACCUAAACUAAGCAUUUGAAAAACAGGCUCGUAAUUUGAUAGCAAAAAGUCCGUAGUGCAUUUUCUAAAUUAUUUUAUCGAAAAAUCCAAGAAAAAAAAUAUGAUUAGCGUAUCGGUUAUCAUAGCAAGGCCUGGAUAGACAGCAUGUAAGCCGUAACUCUAAAGUUAUUCAUAAAAUAAUUUGUUACAGUCCACAUGACAUGACAAUUUUUCUCGACGAAUGUCGAUAGUGAAAACACCGAAAAACUUCUUGCUCAGUUCAUGUGAAUUGUCACAUUUAUUAGCCCUAAAAUUGUUUUAUAUACUCGUAGUAAGAAUUCUGAUACUAAACCCGAUUAGCGCAAUACUAGAAGCCUAAAUAGACGAGUAGUGUACCUAUACCCAUAUGCCUAUGAAAUGACAGUAGAUGGAUUUACUCAUGUAUCUAUUUUAGACGUUUUUGUAAGUGUUUUCCCAACUUAUUUGAGAAGAAAAGGUAUCGACCUUUACGAUCAAAACAUUUAUGACCUUUAUGAAUGAAAAUAUAAAAAUGGACUAAUGCCGCCGAUAUGAAAGCCAGUUAUCGAUUUAAUUCAAUAGUUAACUCAAAACGCAUUUAAAGAUCAAUCGUUUAAAAUAAUUUAAUUUUGAUUUCGCAAAGGCCGAUAUUGUCUGGGUGCAUAAACUUUUUUUGUUGUUAUCCUAUCACGUCAGCCGACCGACAAUAUUAGCAUAAAUUGUACGAUGAAAUCUGUAUAACGAGAUAUUUUACUAAAAUGAUAUAUAUAUAUGACCCAUUACGGAAAAGAGUUAUAACUGCCAUAAUUAUGCAUGUUUGGUUUAUUUAAAUACCAUAAUACCAGGGUUUUAACACCCAGGAGACCGUAACCAUGGCAACGAGUGACAAGAAAAGUUAAUUCACCUAUCUUCAAAGUAAUUCUUAGCUAGCUUAAUGUCGUUAGAUACAGUUCCAGCAAUAAUUUUUGUGAUUCGACUGUUCAAAGACUGACGUACUGUGUGGGGGAACCAAUGCUUGUGUUUACUGUCUAUGUGUAUCUUAAUGGUUAGGUAUGUAUAAUAUUUAAACGUUGAUGUUGUAACACAUACAAAUUUAGUAUCUGCACUGUUAUGUUUCAAUACUAAUUUUCUUAUUUAAAGAAGCUACUUGUUUAGUACCUAUACUAAUGCAUAAAAAUAAAUAAAUAUUAAAUAAACCAACUUUGACCAAGUGACCUUUGAUAUAGCACAAAUCAUCACUAUGUCACAUAUUUUAACAGCAUCCGAAAAUAAGACCGCUAAUUCAAUAGGUUUGAUGAUUUCAAGCAAUGGCAAAAUAAUAACUGCUGACUUGUGUUGCAUCAAAAUAUAUAAAUACUUGUUUAUAGCCAGUAAUUCAGUUUAAAAAUUAAAUUAGAACUUACAUAAUCCCCAUUUUCUAUUCAGUCUGAAAACGAAAAGUAGUGCUUCUUGUUUAUUGACACAAUAGACAGGUAACUUUUAGUAAUAACAUUAAGUUUUCAAAGAAACAAGUAUUUUGAAUCAAAUCUUUCGAUAUGAAUCCAUUUAUUACUCUUGAGUACUAUACGAAUAUACACGACAUUCGAUUCACAGCAAUAUUAGUAAAUGGUUUUACUAUUCAAACACUAGAAUCUUGAAUUCUUUGGAAAUCGUGGUAGCCUGUCUACUGAAAACGCUAUUAUCAUAAACAUGAAAUCGAAAUAAAAAAAGUACCUACCGAACGCUAGCGGUCAUUUUAUAAUUACCUAUAUUCAAAUAAAAAUAACGCUAAAAGGUGUUCUUAAAGGCCUAUCGGUAAGUCAUCAUUUCUGCUAGAUUAUCGCAAUAUUUAAUAGUAUAAAUAUGAAAGUCAUGAAAUUAAUGGCCUGUUCAUUGAGACUGAUUUUCUAAUACUUAACUCUUAAAAUUGUGGCUUAGUUUUUCUCGUUUAUGUGAAUAGCUCUUAAUCUCCCUUCUACGACAUCCUUGUGUACAUAUUUUUUCGCACGAGAUGCCUUCACUGCCAUUUAAAAAAAUCACGGAAAUAGUUUACCUAUCUAUACAUCUUUCUAUACAUCCAUUACACCUGGGAAAUAUUAACAAUAUUGUAUUCUUAUAUCUAUAUGUUUUACAGCUAUCUAUUUAUUGAGAUAAAUAUAAUUUAAUUACAUACAAGUGAUUAAAGUUGUAUUGGUUUCAGACUAUGUAACAUACCUACUUUAUUGAAGCAAAUAAGUGGACAAAUAAAUAUGUAUUGACACCUUUCGAAAAACAGUUCUCAGUGCUUUAAACACUAUGGGUAAUUACUAUAAAAUAACAAUAACUAAAAUAUUGGAAAAAAGUUUAAAAUCAAAACUAAAGGUACGUCGUUAUUAACUUCAUUCAUUUUAUGUUUUUUCAUUUAACAUUUACAAUAUGUAUACUUACAUACACU